GAGUAGAUGUUGAAAGUAAUGGUGUCCCUUUAAGGCGCUGUAGCCUAAAGUUGCGCUGAAUGGUCCCACCUGAAGAUGAGACAAGGCAGAAUGGAUAAAAGACUGGCAGAAGCACCUAUGGCUGUCUGAGGAGUGGAUGUAGAACAGCCUAGCUGAAACCAAGCACAUGGGGAAUGGUGAAAGUAAAAAAUUGGACUAUUCAAGCUGCGAAUGGAGGAAUGUCACUAAGGUUUCUUUGGGAGACCUUCUGAAAUGUUGUGACCAGCCAAUAAGUGAGGAGCAGGCCUGGGCCCUUUGCUUUCAGUGUUGCCAUAAAAUGAAGCAGUUGGCUCAAGGCCCCCACCCUGUGGUGAUUAAAGGUCUGGGAAGCAUCCUUAUCCAUUCUGAUGGUGCUGUUUCCUUCAUGGUGCAUCCUAAGUCUGAUCUUAACAAGACACAACAACUGGAGGAGCAGCUGACAGAGCGUCUGGGAAUGGUGAUCUAUAAAGCCCUGGACUGGGGGAUUGACAACCAUCUGGAGCGAGAGCUGAGUGAACCACUGGAGAAGCUGAUCUCCCUCCUCCUGAAAUUAGACACUGAGGCAACAAAACCAGCCAUCACUUUCCAGGAUGUCCUCAAGAUCUGUGAGGAGCAUUUGCCCAGGCCCUCUGAGGCUGCCAGCUAUUACAGAACAGUCUGCAGGGUUCUCUUUGCUGAGUACGAAGAUCUUCAGAAACUAAUGCUCACCCUACAGAGCUCCAAAGAGAGUCUAAGAAGAAUGGAUGUGGAGGACUUGCUGGAAAAUGACACUCAGAGGGAGAAGGAUAAUUACUGGGCUAGCUUGUGGCACGAUGUCAUCAGGGAACUGCAAAAUGGUGUGAGGCUGCGCAAGGCCAUGGAGCAACCCCAACGUACUGUUCCUCCCAAGGAAUAUGCCCGCUCUCCCUAUGAGCUCUUGGCAGAGGACAUCCGACGCAAGAGGUACACCCUCCGCAAGGUGAAGAUCAACAGUGAGCAAAACUGCAAGAGCUCUGAAGGCAACACAGUCGCUUCACAGCUCCCUUUAAAGCCAGUAAGUGACUUGUUUAGUUGUGAUGGCAUGAACAGAAGGAUCCCUGAACUGGCUGAAGCAAUACUGACCUAUCCCAUUCUCAAGUCCGGCAAGGCCUCAGAGAGGAAGCUAAAAGAGAACUCCCCCAAAGCGCCCAGUCUGCACGACCUGCUCAUGAUGGAAAUAAAACAGCCACAGACGCUUCGGCCAUCUUCCACAGAGAAAAAUGGGAGCAGGCACAAAGAUACCUUUGUGAUGCCAAUGUUUUCCUUGAAUUCCCCGUGUGGCAAUGGCUUAUCUGUCCAAAAUGCCAGUACAGGACUUACAAUUCACAAAGUUCAAAAACAGCUGCUGAUCCCUGACUUGCUGGUCCCAGAAUUUCAGGAAGCAGACGGGGCAUUGAAAUACAACUUGGGAGUUAUCUCGCACAGAUCUGUACUGACAUCCAGCAGCACAGAUUGCUCUGCAGACUGCACAUUUACCCCCAAGAGCAUGCCCGUGCGAGGAGACUGCAAAACAAGCAGCUUUCUGAAUCUAAAUCAGCGACAGCCUUUCUGCCGAGGGAGGUCCAAGUCUUUAAGGAGUGCCCUUCAAAUCAAGGAAGAUGACUACCCCUCUCCUACAAGGUGGCCAUCACCAACCAUUGCUGAACUGAUUGGAACCAGAUAUGCUGUGAUGUCUGAAAUGGAGGGAUCCCGCCAAAGAGAUGGCUGUGCAAUAUCUUCACGAGCCAGGGUCUGUUUCCAUUGCCAUAAGCAGAUGGUCUUUCUGUGGCCUUACAGAUGUCAUCUCUGUAGCAGUGUCAUCUGCUGUGAUUGCUGCAUCAAGAUGUCCAUGCCCUACAGACCAUGUGUGCAUCUUCCACUUAACUUAAUAAAAGCACUGAGACUCUCCAAGGAGGAGGAGGACUCAGCUACCCAAGACCAGAAAUCCUCACAGUUGUUGUUUGAAGUAGAACAUUGGGAUUGUUCUCGAGUACCACUGGUGUUUGAACCCUAUUGCCUAGCACAGCCUCUUGCCUCCCAGAAAGAGACCAUGAUGGACUGGCCCUCUAUGGACAUCUGUACCACAUGUGAGCAGUACCUGUUGCAUGUCCUUUCCAGCCAGCAGCAAUGCAUCCCUCCCAGGAAAAGAUCCAGGUCAUGGACUGAACUGGAAUGACUCCUCUCUCCAAAUGUGUCUCCUGUCCUAUUGAUUCCUUUAUAUGUUUGUGUUUUUGCACCUGAAGUAAGAGUGCAAAAAUAACAGCUGUAUGUAUAUAUUAACAUAAAGGCCUGAAUAAAAGACCCCCUGCUGGAUACUCUUGGCUAGCCAGAAGACACAGCUGUUGUUUACUUAUAGUGAAAUCGUGUAAAACAUUGUGGCUCUUGGCAAUCUGCUUUUAAUUACUUUUUUAUAAAUUAAAUAAUAAAUAUUGAAGCACUGUCACGCCUCUAGCAUUUCAUCCUUCACCGCACUUGCUGUCACCCAUAAAGACAAUGAAAAUCUAAUAGUCACUGCCAAAGGGCAAUCCCCACCAUCUACAUCAUGAAAUGGCACAGUAAGUGGGUGGGAGUGCUCACCCCAAAGCUCUGUUGCUUAGCAGGGGGAAAAUGGGGCUUCCCAUCACGUGAUCACAGCAUCAAACCCCUCAUGCUCACUCUGCCCUCACCUCUCCCCCAAUGAUUGGCUCAUUUAACAUCACUAGAAAUUAACUGCAGAUAUAGAACAGGGUUCUAGCCACGGCUAGCAGACAGACUGGUAAGCAAGUCUGUCUUUGGUGCUUCCAGCUCUUCUGGAGGCUGUCAGUACUGUGCCAGCAGAGCUGCUCCCUCCUAGUUCUCAGUAACUGGCAACCUUCCAUCACCACCUGCAGUACUUGCCCGCAGCCUGGUACUUUGA